AUGAGUGAUCUUGGACCAUUAUUAUAUUACCUGGGAAGUGAAGUGCUUCAAGAAAAAGGAGGGAUUUCCUUAAAACAAUCAUGGUAUGUGAAAGUUAUUCUUGAAAAAACAAGAAUGCUGGAUUAUAACAUGUGUAAGAGUCCAAUGGAGCCUAAGGUGGAAUUAUCCAACGACGAAUAUGGUGAACUAGUUGACACCACUGAAUAUCGAAGCAUCAUUGGAGGUUUGAGGUACUUCACAAACACCAAGAUGGAUAUCUCAUACGCCAUAGGAAUGAUAAGUAGAUAUAUGGAUCAUCCUACUAUCAAACAUAUGCAAGUGAUAAAGCAUAUACUUAGGUAUAUUAAAGGUACAACGGAUUAUGGGUUAGCUUAUGUCACAUUUAGCAUUUUUGGCUAG